GUAAAUCCUUUCAAUAGUCAUGUUUGGGAGACUCAGGAAUUCAUGUUAGACUUUUUACUACCAGACUACUAGUCAUGGUUAUUCACAUCAACAUUGCUCCACAAAUAACCUAACGAACUGCACGAAAUUAGAAACCGGAUACAACCUACCCACCGCAUCGUAACUCAUGUACUCCAUUCCCCCAUCGGCUAAAUUAAUCAAAAUUCAAAAUCACAAAACCCCACAAUCUUGAAGUUGAACGACCUCGCUAAAACCCUAAAUCUUUGCAAUCCACCAGAAGAAUCGAUCCGUUAACAUGGACAUGGAUCCUCCGAAACGAGAAGGAGACCGACCCAUCAAAGACAAAGAUCUCUUUAAAGCCGCAGAAACUGGAGAUUCAUCAACAUUCGAAUCACUCUCAGCACAACACCUCUCCAAAUCUCUAUCUUUAAGAAACGAAGAUAGUCGCUCCCUCCUCCACGUCGCCGUCUCUUCCCGUCGCCCCGAGGUGGUGAAAAUACUCUCAAAUGUUGAUGAGUCGGCUAAGGUGAUCAACUCUGCAGAUGAAGAAGGGUGGGCUCCCAUUCAUUCGGCGGCUAGCAUUGGUAAUACGGAAAUUGUGGAAAUUUUGCUGAGCGAAGGAGCUGAUGUUAAUUUGAAGAAUGAUGGUGGGCGUACUGCUCUUCAUUAUGCUGCCAGCAAGGGAUGGUUAAAGAUUGCUGAACUUCUGAUCACGCACGGUGCAAAAAUUAAUUCAAAGGACAAGGUUGGUUGUACCCCAUUGCACAGGGCAGCUAGCUUGGGGAAUCCAGAGUUGUGUGAAUUCUUAAUUGAGGAAGGGGCAGAGGUUGAUGCUACUGAUAAAGCUGGUCAAACUCCACUUAUGAAUGCAGUGAUUUGCGAAAACAAAGAGGUAGCUCUGCUUCUAGUAAGACAUGGAGCAGAUGUCGAUAUGCAAGACAAUGAAGGGUUCACUGUGCUUGGUCGGGCGUCAAGUGAUUUUAGACCAAUAUUGCUUGAUGCUGCUAAAGCUAUGCUUGAAGGAUGAAUUCUUAGAGUUUGUAAUAGAAUUAGAUGGUGUUGUGAGUGAUAAGUGGCUGAUUGUGCUUCCUUGCUGAAGGAAUGCUUUGUUAGGACUGAGCAAUGUUGGGGGGUAAAAACAAUGAUAUGAAUGUCGCCAUUCAACUUCAGCUAUUGCCCAACCUCUUAAGAAUGGAUGUGGGACUUUAUUUUCAUUUAUUUUGUCAAA